AUGACCACAGAGAGUUUUGCAGAGUUCCUGAAUAAGCUCAAGGAAAUCCAUGAGAAAGAGGUCCAAGGUCUGCAAAGCAAGCUGACGGAGCUGACGACAGAGAAGUGCCGCGAUGCUCAGAGAAUUGAAGAGUUGUUUGCAAAAAAUCACCAAUUAAGGGAGCAACAGAAGGUCCUUAAAGAAAAUGUAAAGGUGUUGGAAAACAGGCUGCGAGCAGGUCUCUGUGACAGAUGCAUGGUCACCCAGGAGCUGGCGAAAAAGAAGCAGAAUGAGUAUGAGUCUUCCCAUUUCCAGAGCCUGCAGCACAUCUUCAUCCUCACUAACGAGACGAACCGCCUGAGGGAAGAGAACAAAACUCUCAAGGAAGAACUGAAGAGGCUCCGGAGCCUGGAGGACAGGGCAAAGCCCCCAGGAGUCACCUCCAGAGAAAGCAGCUCCACCCCCAGCUCCCCCUUGGCUUUACUGUCCCCAGCGAGCAGGAACACCGGCAGCGAGAAAGCAGCUCACAGGGGAGCAGAAGAAGCCCACCAUGACGUGGCAGGUCUCGAGCUGCGAGAAGAAAAGCCUGCAGGACAGAGAAGCUCUCCAAGCAGCAGGACUUCCCCGAGCACUGUCCUCCAAGAAGUCAACCUUGCAGAAAUUGCAUCCCAGAGGAUCUCCAACCAGCUGCAUGGAACCAUUGCCCUGGUGAGACCCGGCUCCAGACCCUGCCUCCUGGAAAAAAGUCCUUCGGGAGCAGCAGUGUCCCCACCAGCAAGGAAGACUCCUCUCCCGCCAGAGCAGGAGCGCAGCCCCAGCUUUGAGGCUUAUUUAACAGCAAGCAAAGCGGACUCCCCCAAGGUUACUCCAUCCUACGAAAACCUAAAACUGACUGCCCGGAGAGAGCAGCUCUGCCUCCUCCACAAGCACCUUUCCCUGCACCAGCUGGGGCUGGCAAGAAACUGUGCCUCGGCUGACCGGGACGGCGGCAGCUUCUCCAGCCAUUUGCUCAGGGCCAAAGACACCGACGGUAGGACGCGGCUGCGUGAUGGCUGGGAAGAUCACGCAGCCUUGCUGAAGCUCCCUGCCGCCAUGGUGUACGUGAGGGAUCAGCACCUGGAGGAGAAGCUGCACCUCCUCAAGCACAGGGAGCGGCUGCAGCAUCUCCUCAUGCAGCAGUGCCAGCUGGGCCAGCAGGCAGAUGGAGACCCGCCGCUCGCGCCCGAGGAGCGGCCCCUCUCCCCAUGGCUGAGCAUCCCGCCAGGAUGCAAGGGGGAAAGGUCCUUCCUGGAGGAUGCUGCCGAUGGGAAGGAAGAGAAGGAGCUUUGGCUGACCCGGGAUGGCUCCGAGCUCCAAGAAAAGGUGAAGGCGGCAAGGGAUGAUGGUGCAGAUGCGCCGCUGGAUCUGUCAGACUCUGGCCGUGGCAGGGAAACAGGCUGGGGCCACUUGCGCUUCUCCUGCUGCUGGCCCAAUGCCACCCAGGCACCGCCUGGUGCUGUCAAGGAGGAGGAGGAGGAGAAGGAGGAAGAAGCAGCUGUGCUCACGCUCUCACGGGCACAUCCAACAAACAACUCCACACCAAGCGAUCCUGAGGCCCUUCCAGAGACCGGGGGGAGACUGGCUGUCGGCGCACAGAAGGGAGAAGCAGAUGACGACGAUGCUGAGUCUGAGAAGCAGGAAUCUGAUGAGCCAGACACGACGGACAGUGAGGCGGCUGCCCCAUAUGAAGAUGAUAUCCUACAAGAAGCCCAGGCUGACGAGAAAUAUUUUUGCACCAAAGGCAAAGCUCAUGAGAUGCAGAAGAAGAGAAAAAGAGGACAGGAUCCCUGGACAAAAGGAGCUAAGAAGUCAAUGAGGGGAAGAAAGAAAGUCAAAGUGGAGCAGUGCUCAGCAGGGGUCACGAAGGAGCUGGAGAACUGCUCCGCUUCCCACGACGAUACCUCCAAGGAGAGCUAA